AUGGCGCAGAUUUUCCAAAAUAAUCCGCGCAACGCGGGCCUGUUCAUCGGCGGGAAUCGCAUGACGGGCUCGGAUAUCCGUGACCAGAAUGUGCUUGCCGUGCAGUCGAUUGCGAACAUUGUAAAGACGUCGCUUGGCCCGGUCGGCCUGGACAAAAUGCUCGUCGACGACAUUGGUGACGUGACGAUUUCGAACGACGGUGCGACGAUUCUGCAGCUGCUCGAGGUCGACCACCCCGCGGGUCGCAUCCUCGUCGAGCUUGCGCAGCAACAGGACAAGGAGGUGGGCGACGGGACCACCUCGGUCGUGGUCCUCGCCGCAGAGCUCCUGCGCCGGGCCAACGAGCUGGUGAAGAACAAGAUCCACCCCACGACCAUCAUCACGGGCUACCGCCUGGCGUGCCGUGAGGCGGUCAAGUAUAUCCAGGACCAGCUCGCAGUCAAGGUCGAUGUGCUGAACAAGGAGAGCCUGCUGAACGUCGCCAAGACGAGCAUGUCGAGCAAGGUCAUUGGCAGCGACGACGAUUUCUUUGCGCAGCUCGCCGUGGAUGCGAUGCUGGCGGUCAAGACGGUCAACGGCCGCGGCGAGACCAAGUACCCGGUCAAGGCGGUCAACGUGCUCAAGGCGCACGGCAAGUCGGUGCGUGAGUCGCUCUUUGUCCAGGGCUACGCACUGAACUGCACCGUGGCCUCGCAGGCGAUGAAGACGCGCAUCACCAAUGCCAAGAUUGCGUGCCUCGACGUGAACCUCGUCAAGCAGCGCAUGCACAUGGGUGUGCACAUCACCAUCGACGACCCCGAGCAGCUGGAAAAGAUCCGCGCGCGCGAGAGCGAGAUUGUGCUCGAGCGCGUGCGCAAGAUCCUCGCGACCGGCGCCAACGUCAUCCUGACGACCAAGGGCAUCGACGACCUCUGCCUCAAGGAAUUUGUGCAGGCGGGCGCGAUGGCCGUGCGCCGUUGCCGCAAGGAGGAUCUGCGCCGGAUCGCCAAGGCCUCGGGCGGCCAGUUUGUGAGCAGCUUUGCGAACCUCGACGGCGAGGAGUCGUUUGACGCCUCGAGCCUCGGCCACGCGGACGAGGUCGUGCAGGAGCGCAUCAGCGACGACGAGCUGAUUAUGGUGCGCGGCACCAAGACCUACAGCUCGAGCUCGGUCGUGCUGCGUGGUGCGAACGACUACCUGCUCGACGAGAUGGAGCGCGCGCUGCACGAUAGCCUGUCGGUGAUCAAGCGCACGCUCGAGAGCAACUCGGUGGUGGCCGGUGGCGGCGCCGUCGAGACCGCAUUGGAUAUCUACCUGGAGAACUUUGCCACGACGCUCGGCUCGCGCGAGCAGCUGGCCAUCGCCGAGUUUGCGCAGGCGCUGCUCAUCGUCCCCAAGACGCUGGCGGUGAACGCGGCCAAGGACAGCACGGACCUCGUCGCGAAACUGCGCGCUUACCACACCGCGGCGCAGAACGCGGGCGUGGACGACCCCAAAAAGACGCUGCGCUUCUUUGGCCUGGACCUGCUCAACGGCGCGGUGCGUGACAACCUGCGCGCGGGCGUGUUGGAGCCGACGGUGAGCAAGCUCCGCUCGCUCAAGAGCAGCCUCGAGGCGGCGACCAGUCUGCUGCGUAUCGACGAUGCGAUCACGAUUCCCCCGGAGCAGCCGCGCGAGGACCCGCACGAUCACAUGUAG